AUGGCAGAGAUCAUGGGUCUCCAUGAUGAAGCCUGGAGGAUUGUGCAAGCACCCUAUAUUUGCUCUCUUAAAAGGCUUCAUGAUUCGUUGUGUGUGACUUUCGACAUAUACAUAUCCCGCUGGGCGAAAUAUAAUCCUUGUUUAGUUGAAUCACUUGUGUCCGACGUGUCUGAAUGCUUGUGGACAUCUCCCUAUGCCCUGAAUAUCUUAGUGCACCUAUCAAAAUCUUUGCCCGCGCGUGAUGCUUUCCUUCGCAGAAAUCCUGGACUUUUGGACUUACUGUCCAAAAAAUCGCUCGAGUGUCAAGGAGAUGAUGACAAGCAUGGUCGGGCUUGUAUUGCGCUGCUCAGAUUUCCACUUCCUAGAGAAGUGCCAUUACCUGGAUCAUUACUACCAUUUUUCAAGGGGACUUUUGAUCGCGCCGCGCUUUCACCUUCGGCAGAGACUAUCAGGCCAGUCUACGUGUUGCUCUCAGGAAACUGUAGCGAUCUCCUGGAAAUUAUUCCAGUUCAGAUGAUGGCGCGGUUCCAAGACCAACUGGUCAAUAUCCUGAAGACUCUUGAAGAUCAUGCCGUUUGCUUGCUCUGCCUGGGAAUAUUGGCAGCUAUUGCACACCCUGAAAGUCAUGCAAGUAAUUUGACCACUGGGACGCCAAAAGAAUCAGACGGUUCCUUUACCUCUGAGCGCGUUCCGUUCUCCGAAGGGUUGAAACAAUUCUUCACUGCGCGUAAAGCGCCUAAAACCCUAGAAUUUAUCUCAUUGCAGGUCGCUUAUGCCUGCUCUGAGACCAACAGUUUGUCGCAGAACGAAGCUACCGAAUAUUUUGAAUUAGCAAAAGUCAUUGCUGGCGCAAUAUCUAUAGAAGUAAAGCAAGAUUUUGUAAACGGUAACAGUCGAGGCGCCCGAAAAUUGCUGGAAAAAUGCCUUCACCCUAGCAAUAGACACAUCGAUUUUCAAGUAAGGGCACUCGAUUUCGUUUUAGACGGUUUGCAUGCGCGCAUCGUCAACGUCCCCUCUUUGAACAGUCACGGCCAAACUCUUGUUAAAAGCCUUCUCGCAGCCAUGGACAGUGUAGGAUCGGAGAGUUUGGCGAACUCUGCAAAAGAACUGCUUCUUUAUAUGGAUGAGUCGAAUAUUUUCUUACUGCUAGAAACCAUUCUGGAUAUAUCAGUUUCUUGCGAGGAACCGAACUUUAAAGAAUUCCACCGCAUAGAUAUUUCUAUGGUACUCCUAGAAGCAUUGAACGAGGCACUUUCUGAAAGUUCAACGUUAAGAAGAGCUGUCCUGCGUGCAAUGUCCGGGAAGCUUUCCGGGAAGCUAACCAGCCUCCACAGCCCAAAAAGCUCUCAGAAAUCUCAGAGAAAAUGUUGCGCGUGCGGAGUAUGCUGUCAAAAGUACUUUGCGAAUAAAGGAAAACUUCGACGAAGUUUACGUGCGCUUUUUAUCAAAACCGCAUUCUGUGGACAUGAAUAUGAGAUAUACUUGAGCAAAACCUCCAUAGGUGCAUUGAUUGAUCAACAAGAUGCGGACCAUUCGAUUCUCCAAGCCGAUUUUACUGAGUCUACUAUAUGUGCGAAUAUCCGGUCAUAUGAUCUGUUUGGCACACCAGCUCAGAAGGAUACUCGACAGAUCUCGAGCAAUAACUGGAGAGAAACGCUCAGUGAGAAUCUGCUUGCUAAUGCAAGACUUCAGUACGAAAGCAUAGUUCAGCAAAUGGGAACAGUAUGCCGGGAACUCGAAGAGCGAUGUGACGAAGCGGAGACUCCAUUUCGCCAGGAAAAGUUCAAGGUUGAAGAGCUUGAGCUCCGCCUUCUAGAAGCAGAGGAUCGUAACAAAGAACUGGACUCAAUGCUUCUAGAACGUAAUCUUUUCCAGGUCGGUGCUGAAGCCGAACUUUCUGCGUUGCGCAAACAGGCUGAAUCGGCAGAGAAAAGGCUUGGAGACUACGUCCAACAGACUGGGGAUUUGAAAGAGCUCCUGAAAUCAGUGGAAUUAAAGGCAAUAGAUACCGAGACUCACCUGAAAGAGGGCGCACAAAAAAGAGAACUAGAGACUGCUGCUAUGAUAAGCGCAAAGGACGACGCGGCUGAGGAUUUGAUGAAGGAAUUAUGCUCCAUGAUGGAGAAAUUAAACGAGAGAAAGAAAGAAAACAGCAUGCUCGUAGAGGAAAAGCAAAAGAUCACUGAAGAUAAAAAUUGGCUUGAAGGAGCGCUGGCCGACGUUGAAUCGAAACUGAAACUUAGGGAUGCCUCUCUCCGUGAAGAACACUCGCAAUUAAUUCAGCUCCAGGGACUUUACGAGAAGUUGAAGGGAGAUUUGGAAUGCACAUUCAAAAAGGUUGAGGAGUUGGAGUCUGCCAAUACACAUCUACUUGAUGAACAAAACCUCGCAAAACAGGCUCUUCAAGGGGAGCUUGACUUGGACUCUUUGACGGAUGGAAGCCACAAUGGUGCCACCAUCAGCACUUUGGUUGCCCAAUAUGCUGAGAAAAUUAGAGGCGUUGAAAGACACGCUAGAAGUGAGCUUGAAAAGGCUAAUUUAAAGCAUCUCGAGCUGGAAGAGAAGUUUGAAAUCCAGUCUAGACAAUUCAACGAAAAGUGCAAGGAGUUUUCAGAGCUACGUGAAUGGAAAGAAAGAUUAAUGGUGGCCAUGUAUCCCAAGGACUUUGGAUCAUCUGGUUUCGAUGCUAGGGGGGAGUCGUUCGAUGCUGAUCACACCGAAGAGCGGAUCGCAAAAAGGUCAAGAACGCAAAAGAUGCCUCUAACGCCCAACGGAAACCCACCUCAGGCAUUAGCUGGUAGAGGUACAGGUCUCAAACCCACAAAUGGGUUGAGGCAACCCUUGAGGGACAUCGGAUCUGGAGAAGGCACAUCGCCUUCAGAUGCGAGGGAAAAGAGGCAUUCAGAUCAAAGCAUCGGGCUUUCUGCAAAUUGGGCCGGCGCAAAGCCACCUCGCCUCGGACCAAUCUCGUAUGGUAAACAAUGCCAAACUGUGUUGACUACUGCAGGUUAUGACGGCGCAAAUGAGCCAACACAACACUUUCCACAUAGUUCAUGUGGCAGGAGUAAUUCACCGGAAGAGCCAUGCGAGUCUCGCAGAUAUAUUGAGGAGAAAGAGAAUAUCGAGGAUGGAAACCGACGUGGAGAGCUUGAUUGCCGGUCUUUCUCCGAGAUUUCAGAACGGCAAAGUCCACCAAUGUCCUCCGAGAAUGUCGAAUACAUCGCAGGGUAUCAAGGAACCAUUUCGUGAUAAUUCCUGAAGGAAAUGAUUUUUACUUCUCGAACCGGC